UGUGUACUUUUUGUCUUGGAGCGACUGGGUGUAAACUGCCAAGUUGAACUCUGCAAACAGCAGGCCCUCGGUCAGGCGUGGAGGUCUUCCCCCCUCUGCAAAGUCCCUCUAGUUUUCCCCCUGGAACAGGUGGAUUCUUAAUACGCACCGACAGCAUGUCUCCUUCCACAUCUCCCCGGUUCUUCACGGAGAGGGAGGUGACCCGACACUGUACCAAGGACUCAUGCUGGGUACUACUGGGGACCCGGGUGUACGACGUGACCGCCUUUUUGCGGAUGCAUCCUGGAGGGGAAGCGCUGAUACUUCGCCGGUCGGGAAAAGACAUAAGCAGGGAGAUGGAGGGACCCCCGCAUAGACACUCGGAGAACGCCCGACGGUGGAUGGAGCAAUACUACAUCGGAGAGUUGGCCCGAGAAAGCGACAAGGACAACGACGCACUGGAGCUCACGAAUCUGACUGAGAGGAGAAACACCAGUAAACAGACGAAAGGAAAAAAAGAAAAGGCUGUCGCAACAGAGAAAUAUGACCACCAGAAGGUGGUCAAUCUCUGCAGCUCUGUGGACCUUGAAAACGAUUUGGUGGAUUGGAGGAAGCCCCUGGCGUGGCAGGUAGGCCAUUUGGGAGAGAAAUACGAUGCUUGGGUUCAUCAGCCAGUCGACAGGCCUAUCCGACUGUUCGGGAACCCUUUCCUUGAGGCGAGCACCAAAACGUCCUGGUAUUGGGUGCCAGUGGUGUGGCUUCCUCUUGUAUGCUAUCUUAGUUGGUCUUGCUACAGCACCCUGGCAAAGGGCACCGAGAGAAUAGCGAUCACCUCAGACUUCUCUUUCAUGGUCCAUAAGUACAGUUUCCCCCUGCUCUUCAUGAUGGGCUGGUUCUUGUGGUCCUUCAUCGAGUACUGCAUCCAUCGCUUUGUCUUUCACAUGAAACCGCCAGCUCAUAACUACUACCUCAUCACGCUACACUUUCUCCUACAUGGACAGCAUCACAAGUCUCCAUUUGACGGCUCCCGACUUGUCUUCCCACCCGGAUUGGCCUCUUUUGUUGUUGGGACUUUCUACAUGGUCCUCAAUGGUCUGCUGCCAGAAAUUGUCGGCAUGUCCAUGUUCGUCGGGGGGCUGUGCGGCUAUGUGGUGUACGAUAUGAUCCACUACUACCUUCACUAUGGGUCGCCAAAGAAAGGAUCUUACAUGUACAGCUUGAAGGCCUACCACGUCAAACACCACUUUGAACACCAGAGAGCAGGUUUUGGAAUCAGCACCGCAUUCUGGGACCACCCUUUCAACACAGUCAUUCCUGAUGAGAAGUUUGAACCCUGAGGGUCUCCUGAAGACCCAAAGUACUGAUCAAGCACCCCCCUGUCAUGCCUGCAACAAAUCAGACACCCAGUCCAGCCAAGAUGGAGUUUAGAUCUUUUUCCUAUGCAACUAAUCUACCCACAUUAUUUCAGCUUAUAUCCUCACUGCUCUUUCCAUGUGUGUUUGUAUAUUCUUUUACUUGCUGUUGCAAAACAAAGGUCACGCCAUUGCUGCACCUUAAACCACAUUGACCUUCCCUGUCAGAUUACCUGAUUUUAAAUUAGAACGCCGUGAGGGUUAUCUGGGAGGUUAAUGAAAAACAUAUCCAAUACAGGUUUACAUUGACACAUCUAAUACCGAAGCCUACUGUGAUUUGAAUGAUGAAUAAGCACAACAAAAAUUUAAAAGAAAAUUAAAAUUUUAAAAAGAUUCUAAAUUGUCCCCUUCUUAAUCUGUCCUAUGAAAUGUGGCUUUGGCUCCCUCAAAGCAGGAAAGAGGAUUAAGGAAGUGACAGAAAGUGUGUGAAUGUGAAAACCAGGCAGUGAAAGGCAGGAUGAAGAGAAACAAAAGUAUGUGUUACCUGGGGUUCUCCCAAUUAUGAGUUACUGGAUAAAGAUUUGUCCAUCUGAUUGGACACAACGCAAGUAAGAUUAUUCACUUUAGCACAAAGUGUAUUAUUAAUGUCGGAAACAUAAAUGGAGAUGCACUGUAUUUUUGUAAAUCUGUUCAAGGCCCUCCAUUUACAUUGUUCUUUGACCAAUAAUAAUGCUAUAACAAUGUAAGAAAAAUGUAUGUUUUGUAAGAUGCUUUGUACAGCAGAUCCUUCAAUUGCUCCAGCUUUACAUCAUCCCCAAAGGCAGUUCCCCAAAAGUUAAAAAAAAAAAAAAAAAAAAAAACAAUGGAUGAUGUCAACGUUUGUGCCAGAGCAAGAGUGAUGUGAGGGAAUGAGGUCAGCUUGUCAGCCUUCCUGCUGUGGGGACUUUGGGGUUUUCAUCUUAUUUUUAUAUUUUGAAUUUGGUCAUUUGAGAACAAACUGCAUUCAGCGACUGCUUGCAAUGACUCCACUGCUCCCAGGAGGAUGACGAUGGACCGACCAUCUGACUGGGCAGCAGGAAGUCUCGAUAGCUGGCGGAGCCUCAAUCGUCUCUUCUGGUCACCACUGAUAACGAAUGCAGAACAAACUGUUUAAAAGUCAUAUGUUUUAAGAGAAAGAGAAAAUAUACUUCAAGAAAGUCCACGGGUUUGAAGACUCACACGUAUGUAAUAUAUGCAUAAAAUGGAAAAUAAAAUAACAUACGCAUUA